AUUCUAUUUACGAUCCAAGCGCCAUCGUGAUCGUGUCAGGAUCAGAUCGUUUGUCAGAUCGCACAAUUCAAAGGCGUCACAAAGGUAAUGAUCAGUGCCGUAAAUAUGUUCUUUCGUAUUGCUUGUGUUACAUUUUUCAUACAAUUUUGUCUCGGUGCACCGAAUAGAUAUGAGUAUGAAGAUUCACGAGAAAAUUCGGUAGAUGCUGUAGAUCAGCUUCAUCCGUUUGAUCUACUCAUUUUCACUCAACGAUGGCCAAUCACCGCUUGUUCCGAAUGGCGUGAAACGGGCAAAGACCAUAUCUGUGGUCUACCAACACCGGCCACCGUCUGGACAAUUCAUGGCAUCUGGCCGACGAAGUGGAAUACAAUCGGACCCGCUUUCUGUAACAAAUCGGCCAUUUUCGACAUAUCGCAGCUCACAUCGAUCAAGCAGCAGCUUAAAGAGCAUUGGUUGAAUGUGGAGAAAAAUAAACCGGACGAUUCACUUUGGGAGCAUGAAUGGUUGAAGCACGGUACCUGUGCCGCCGAAGCCAUCGAACAGCUGAACACGGAAAGUAAAUACUUUAACCAGGGCCUUACCUGGUUGGAGCAACAUUCAGUCAAUGGCGCUUUUGCUGCGAGUGGCGUGGACAUUAAGCCUGGUUACAAUUACAGUCUGGCGAAGCUGAACCAGGCGCUGUACGAUUAUUAUGGCAAGGAUGUAGCUAUCGAAUGUUUCUACGACCACAAGACCCAGCGGCAGCUGCUGAACGAGAUACGCAUCUGCUUCGACAAGCAGCUUCAAUCGGCAGAUUGUGAUGGGAUUAUGGACAUGCAACGUGUGGCAUUACCGACUGCUCGUGUUGGCUCGGUUAUAAGUAACUGUAAUGCUGCCAAUCCCAUCUUCUAUCCAGAUACUGUGCCAAAAGAUGCGCUACCGAUGGUGAUGGAACCAGAAGCGCAGUAUGAAACGAUUUAUGAAGUUUCCAACGGAUACGGCGAUACACAAGAUGAUGUGCAACAGCAAGCGUACGAAUUUGUCGAGGUGAUUUUAGUUUAAAUGUUAAAAUGGAAAUGUACAUUUGCACACCGGUGAGCUUGGGAAAUAGUGUAAUUGGUGAAACAGAACUGAGUGCCACGUCCACGUUUGAGUAAAUCAUCGUAUGCAAUGUGCUGUACUAGCAGGCAAGACUGACCAUUUCAAUUAUAGGUAAUUCAAGUCUCAAAUAAUGAUCGCAGGGCAAAACACGUCUACAAACGCGAUUGUAGUACCAAAUAGGAAGAUGGUUUAUUCAUCAACCCACUGGAGAAAAGAAUACUGUGUAGCAAAAACUGUUUCAAUGCAUUGUCCUACAUUGAACCAAUGUUGAAAGCGUAAAUUACAUAUACCAUUAGAUCGUUUGAAUAAAAAUCUCCCAUUCUUCCCAAAAAACAGAA